UUCUCCCGGUGUUUCUCCCGGUUCUCCCAGGCCCCCGGUCCGUGGCUCCUUCCCUCGCCUCCCUCCCGGGGAGCCCCGCGCGGGUCGUGUUUGUUCCAGGCGCCGGGACGAAGCAAACCCUGCCCGGGGAUUUUCGGGGAACGCCCGCGGCCCUCCUGCGGGAAAACGCGCAGGAAUUCCCGCAGGAAUUCCCGCAGCUCCUCAGUGUGAAAGAUCCGUGGUUUAUCUUUGGCUUUUCGCAAGGAAUUGCUCGGGCGGGACUCUGCAGCUCGGUGUCCUUAGGUUUGAGGCGAAGUCCCCCAGGGGCACGUCGCUGCAGAUAAGGCCGGGGCGAUGGCCCGGGACGGUCCCGGCCGCACGUCCCGGGGCUGCCCGAGCAGAGUCCGGCCCCCGCCGCUCCGCCCGACCGCUUCAUCAAAGCGCCUUAAUGGGCACUUAAUUAAUUAACGACCGGGACGCGCCGCAGCCUUUGAGCCAACGUGUCCAGAGUGAAGCAGCUCCCAGAGCAGAGCCUCCAGCAUGGGCAGCUGGGACGUGGAGCGGAAAGCGUCCUACGAGGAUGUCUCCGGGGAGCCCGGGGGGCUCGGGGGGGUGGUCAGCACCAUCUCCAGCAGCAGGAGCCCCCUGCAGCCCCCCGAUGCCGACGACGGGGAGCCCUUCACCACCUACUUCGACAGCAAGAUCCCCAUCCCUGAGGAUGAGACGCACUCCUGCUUCAGCUUCCGCAAGCUGUGGGCGUUCACGGGGCCGGGGUUCCUGAUGAGCAUCGCCUACCUGGACCCCGGCAACAUCGAGUCUGACCUGCAGUCCGGGGCUGUGGCAGGCUUCAAGCUGCUGUGGGUGCUGCUGCUGGCCACCAUCAUCGGGCUGCUGCUGCAGCGGCUGGCAGCCAGGCUGGGCGUGGUCACCGGGCUGCACCUGGCCGAGGUGUGCAACCGCCAGUACCAGAAGGUCCCUCGGAUCAUCCUGUGGCUGAUGGUGGAGCUGGCCAUCAUCGGCUCCGACAUGCAGGAGGUCAUCGGCUCCGCCAUCGCCAUCAACCUGCUCUCGGUGGGCAGGAUCCCUCUCUGGGGGGGAGUGCUCAUCACCAUCGCCGACACCUUCGUGUUCCUCUUCCUGGACAAAUACGGCCUGCGGAAGCUCGAGGCGUUUUUUGGGCUCCUCAUCACCAUCAUGGCCCUGACCUUUGGAUAUGAGUACAUCACGGUGAAGCCCAGCCAGGAGAAGCUGCUGCAGGGGCUGUUCAUCCCCUACUGCCAGGACUGCGGCACGCCGCAGCUGGAGCAGGCCGUGGGCAUCGUGGGCGCCGUCAUCAUGCCCCACAACAUGUACCUGCACUCUGCCCUGGUCAAGUCCCGGCAGGUGAACCGUGCAGACAAGAGGGAGGUGAGAGAGGCCAACAAGUAUUUCUUCAUCGAGUCGUGCAUCGCGCUCUUCGUCUCCUUCAUCAUCAACAUCUUCGUGGUGACCGUCUUCGCCGAGGCCUUCUUCAACAAGACCAACGCGCACGUGCACCAGGUCUGUGCCAACUCCAGCAGCCCCCACUCCUCGCUCUUCCCCAACAACAACAAGACACUGGAGGUGGACAUCUACAAGGGGGGCGUGGUCCUGGGCUGCUCCUUCGGCCCUGCUGCCCUCUACAUCUGGGCCAUCGGGAUCCUGGCGGCCGGGCAGAGCUCCACCAUGACGGGCACCUACUCGGGCCAGUUCGUCAUGGAGGGCUUCCUGAACCUGCGCUGGUCCCGCUUUGCGCGGGUGCUGCUCACGCGCUCCAUCGCCGUCACCCCCACGCUCUUCGUGGCCAUCUUCCAGGACGUGGAGCACCUGACGGGCAUGAACGACUUCCUGAACGUCCUCAUGAGCCUCCAGCUCCCGUUCGCGCUGAUCCCGGUGCUCACCUUCACCAGCCUGCCCGGCGUCAUGCACGACUUCGCCAACGGCCUGUUCUGGAAGGUGGCCGGGGGCCUCCUGAUCCUCCUCAUCUGCUGCAUCAACAUGUACUUCGUGGUGGCCUACGUGAUGUCCCUCCACAACCUGGCGCUCUACGUCGGGGCCGCCGUGCUCAGCGUUGUCUACCUGUCCUUCGUGGCCUACCUGACGUGGCUGUGCCUCAUUGCCCUGGGCGCCUCCUUCCUGGCCUGCGGGAGCACGGUAAGCGUCACCCGGACCCUGCACCCGGAGCAGUCGCCCUCCCACCCCCCCAAGUAGCCCGGGGGGGGCCGGGGGGGGCCGGAGCCCCAGAGCCAGCAGCAGUGCCAGGUGCCCCGGGGACACGGACGGCGCCGCUCGGGGACACGCAGGGCACCGGGACGCCCCGGGCAGGACACGGAUGCUGCCGGAGCCCUCGGGGCAGGCCCUGCUUUGCUGAACCCCCAAAUCCCCCCUGGAUGGGAGCCACACCUUGGGGGGGGGACACAGGAGCAGCCUGACCCCCCCCAAUUCUCCUUGAAAUCCCAAAUUCCUCAUCCCGGAGCGUUCCACCCCCCCAGUAGCACAAACACUGAGUCCAGGAACGCUGCUCUGGCACUGAGCUGGACAAAAUAGGCAAAUAAGCUACAAAAUCCCUAAAUCCCCUUUUGGGUGGCAUUUGGGGAUGCUGCUGUCGCUGGGCGUGGGGUGACACUACGGCUCUGCUGCCCCAGCCUGAGCAGAUUUGGUACUUUUCACUGAAAAACACUUCCCAUUCCCAUGAGGAUGGGAAACCUGAGCAUUAGUAACAUAUUAUAUUGUCACUACUGACUUUUAGUGGCCCCAUGUGGGAUUUUGGGGUCAGCAAAUGAAACGAGUUCGUGGUUAUUUAUGAUUUUAUGACUUUAUUCUCUGUGAGCCAUGGAAAUGCUCUUGGAGUUCUCAAAAAUCCCUGGGUUGUAACUCAAAAUCAGGCUGUGGAAGCUCCAAGGGCCUUUUCCAGGGGUUUCUUUGCUGCUCCCUGGAUUUAACUCCCUCCUAUCAUCCCCUUCUGUUUAAUGAGUCUGGGAAGAAGCUUGGCCAGGAAUGCGACCUGAGUGCAGGAGUGGGUUGGGAUGGAGGGGGCAGGGUCUCCUCUGGCUCUCCCAGGGGUGUUUUGGGGCCCCAUCCUGCCUGUUGGGGUGGAUUUGGAUCUCUGGAUCGUGGAAAUUGGGCGUGGGAAGCUCAGACUGGGGUUACUGAGGGAAAUUCCCUUCUCUGUCCAGCUGGAGCUGCAGCAGAGGCACAGCUCCGUGGGUUUAGAUCCCAAAGUGCUUCUUGGACCUGCAGGAUGGGGCAUGGGGGGCCCCAAACCUCUCCUGGGGCCAAGCCCAGAGUGUUCCAGCCCAGUCCUGGUUUAUUUGGGAUGCCUGGCUCCAUCCCCCACUGCCCACGGGCAUUUCCCUGCUCUCCCAGUUCCGGGCAGGGAAUUCUCUCUGAAAUGAAACCCCUGCAGUAUCCAGCUCUUGGGAAUGUUUGGGAUCUGGUCACGGGCAUUUCUCCCCUUCCACGAGCAAACCCAGCCUCCUGUCCCAGGACUGGAGCAGGUCGGGGCAGCCCCUCCUGCUCUGAACUUUUUUAUCCAUCACCACCCGAGGCCUGGGCUGCUCCUGGUGCCCAGGACACGCUGCAGGGACGAAGGUGAAAACGCUCAGGGCCCAGCAGGAAAACUCCCCUUGAAUUUGGGGCAGGAUCAAAUCCCUCUUCCCACCCUUCCCCAAACCUGCUGAGACCUGCAGCACCCCCCGACCACAGCACUGAUUCCCAGUUUUCCUGCUGUUAGCCCAGAAUUCCAGCGGGAUUUAACCCUUGCAGGUUUUUACACCCAUUCCCACAACACAGCAGCCAUGAGCUGUGGGGUUUGUGGGGUGGGGGGGAUGAGGGGCUGCACCAGAGGUGGAUUUGGGCUUUGCAAUCCUGCUGUCCCACCCCCAGCUUCCCUGGGUUGGGAAUUUUGGCUUGGGAGGGGUCAGCUCUCCUGGCUGAAACACUGACUGUGGAGCCUCCAGCUCGGGUCCCCAUCUGCUCCGUGCUGCACUCAUUUGGGGGUUUUUCCUCUGGUCCUGGUUGUACAAACCCCCUCUGCCAUUAAAACAUGGAGACUUUUCCAA